GAGCCGAGCGGAGCCAUGACUCACCAGACCGGCAUCCACGCCACCACAGAAUUAAGGGACUUUUUUGCCAAAGCCCGGAAUGGUUCAGUUCGGCUCAUCAAGGUCGUCAUUGAGGACGAACAGCUCGUGCUGGGAGCCCACAAAGAGCUGUCCCGGCGUUGGGACACCGACUAUGACACUUUGGUGCUGCCCUUGCUGGACGAGCAGCAGCCCUGCUACGUCCUGUACCGCCUGGACAGCCAGAACGCCCAGGGCUACGAGUGGCUCUUCAUCUCCUGGUCCCCCGACAGCUCCCCGGUCCGGCUGAAGAUGCUGUACGCUGCCACCAGAGCCACUGUGAAGAAGGAGUUUGGCGGGGGGCACAUAAAGGACGAGAUGUUUGGCACAGUGAAGGAGGACGUGUCCCUGAGUGGUUACCAGAAGCACGUGUCCUCCUGCUCUGCCCCUGCCCCGCUGACCGCCGCCGAGCAGGAGCUCCAGCAGAUCCGCAUCAACGAGGUGGAAAUGGCACAGGGGACAUGCCUUCCCUGUGCUCCAGCAGAGGUGGUGCAGCUCCCUCCUCCGGGCACGUCCGUGUGUCCCUCCCCUUCUGCUGUCACACGAGUCCCCCUCCCUGUGUGGGUGCCAUUGACAGUGUGUCUCCUCUUCCCACGCUCGCAGGAUUCCUGCUCCCAAGGCUCGAGCACUGAGAUGAUGGUGGGGGGCUGUUGCUGCUGCCCAUCGCUGGUAGAGUACCCCGAGCCUGAGGAGGUGAAGACGGAGAUCAGCGUGGAGAGCAAGCACCAGACGCUGCAGGGCCUGGCCUUCCCCCUGCAGCUGGAUGCCCAGCAAGCCAUCCAGGCUCUCAAGCAGAAGAAAAUCAACUACAUCCAGCUGAAGCUGGAUCUGGAGCGGGAGACCAUCGACCUGGUGCACACGAGCCCCACGGAGAUCACUGACCUGCCCAAGAGGAUCCCCCAGGACUCUGCUCGCUACCAUUUCUUCCUGUACAAGCACUCACACGAGGGAGAUUACCUGGAGUCCGUUGUCUUUAUCUACUCCAUGCCUGGGUACAAGUGCAGCAUCAAGGAGCGCAUGCUCUACUCCAGCUGCAAGAGCCGGUUGCUGGACACUGUGGAGCAGGAGUUCUGCUUGGAGAUAGCCAAGAAGAUCGAGAUCGACGACGGGGCCGAGCUGACGGCGGAGUUCCUGUACGAGGAGGUGCACCCCAAGCAGCACGCCUUCAAGCAGGCCUUCGCCAAGCCCAAGGGGCCCGUGGGCAAGCGGGGACAGAAGCGGCUGAUCAAGGGCCCGGGCGAGAACGGCGAGGACAGUUAGAUCCCGCGGGCGGCGCUGAACGGACACCAUCCCUGCGGCGCUUCCCGCCUUCCUCUCCGCUGACCUGGGGAUCUUUCCCUCCAUCUCAGCCGUUUUUUGGUUUUUUUACCUUUUUUUUUUUUUCCUGUUUCAUUCCUUUUUUUAAACAUCUGGAUGGCUUGUUGCACCUGGGGGCAGAGCGGUGGGGAGGGUUCGGGGUGGUCGCUGGUUCUUUUCCUCGUGUCCUUGCGCGAGCCCCGGGGCUGCGGCGGGAGGACGGGAGCAGCAGAGCCGUGUCCCCAGCCUUGCUCCUGUCCCCCUCAGGGUCACAGCCGCUGCUCUCGGUGUCCCCUGGGUGACUGAAGGACACACUCACCUGAAAGCUGCUCUAUGCAAAGGGAAGGGGGUUGGGGAUUCCUGUUUGAGAAGAGAAAAUGCUUCUUUCCCUGCCCCCCCAGCCUCCAGAGUUUGCUCCCCUGUCCCACUCUUGGUGUGCACGGCCCCUCUGCCCCAGGCUGGAGCGAUCCCGCACCCCCCCAGGGUGUGGGCAGGACCCCCUGUGGGGUGGGCUUUGCUUCCUGUGGGAUGGGAGUUUCUCCCUGCAGAGAGCCAGGCAUCGGGAGGUGCAAGCUCCCCACUGAGUCCUGAGCUCAGCCUGGACCUGGAGAAAGGUGACUCUGCCUUUGGGUGAUGUUUGCAUCUCCUUUUUGAACUGCUCCAGUAAGGUUUUCCCCCUCAGAAGAAGCUGUUACAGCCCUGACUUAGCCCUAUCCCUGUUUAAGAUGGGAGCUGAGGGGUUCCCGAGCCCUGGUCCCCCAUCUCCAUUCCCCAGCCCCCAGCAUUACCUUACCCCCAGGUUCUCAGCUGGGUCUCUGGGCUGGGGCAGCCCCAUGUCUCAAUAAUCACAUGGGCUACUCCAAAUACCUGUGUGGAGGAGCAUGGCAGCCCCUGUGUGCCCCUGGGGAUGUCCCCAGCCACCAAGGGCCAUCGUCAGCUCCACGGUCCGAGCUUGGCACUGUGAUUUGGGCUGCACUGGGGGCCUGGGGGGAGAGCACCUUGCUGCUGGGUACCAGUGAGGGCUCAAGAGCCACCUGCCUCCCUGAGAGGAUGGAAAAGGAGUCAGUGAAACCUGCCCUCUGCUUUCCAGCUGUGGCAGUGAACGUCUAGAUGUUGCCUCGGCCUUGGCGGAGUCAGGGGGUUGAAGCUGGGAGGAGCAGAGCACACUGUACUGAACGCUGUAUUUUCUAAAGAAUAAAGUAUUUUUAAAACA